GAGACUUGAGAUUCCCCGUCUCCUCCUCUCCUCGUCUAAAGCGAAGCGGCAAGAGGGCGGCGCCAGGCAGAGGCAGCGCCGUCCGGUCGCCUCCUCCUCUGCUGCUAACGAGGCCAAGGGCGACGAGAAGGAGCGGCGGGGAGAGGUUGCCCGAGGGAAGAUUCCGAAGCGGGAGGAGAGGGGCCGGGCCGGGCCAGCGCCGCGGGGUCGCCUACUCCGUCGCCGCAGCCUCCCACACCGCCGGGGCCAACGAAGACGAGAGGGAUUAAGGUGGAGAGGUAUCCCGAGGCGCUUUGCGAAGGUUCCAGAAUGGUGGACUGGAUCAGUGACAGCGAUGAUAGUGAUAAGCUCGAGUGGGGCAGUGAAGGCGAUGGGGAGGCGGCGGCGAGCUUCGACGCACCUGGUGCUGGUUCAUCAGCUCCGGCCUCGAGGAACAUUGAUGCUCCUGGCCCGUCGACACAGGUUGCUAAUGGGAAGGCUGGGUCAUCUGCCUCUUUGGUUGAGCAAUUCGUGGAUAUGAGUUUCCCGAGGGACAUGGUCCUGAAGGCAAUGAAGGAGAAUGGGGAUGGUGGUGCAGAGUCAUUACUUGAGCUUCUUCUCACCUACAAGGCAAUAGGCGAUGACCCUUCAGUGGAUAACGGCUCUGCUUCUGGUUGUGUUCCCCGGACUGUUGAUGACAGUGAUGAUGACGACAUUCUUGAAAACUGGGAUGAUGAGGAUGCUGGUGGGGGUAGCAAGAGGGGUCCUAACUCUGAUGAUUCCGGUGAUGAGGAUUUCUUACACGAGAUGUCACAGAAGGAUGAGAAAGUCGAGUCCUUAGUGAAAAUGGGUUUUCCUGAAGAUGAAGCCACAAUGGCUAUUACUAGAUGCGGGCAGGAUGCAUCUAUCUCUGUUUUGGUUGAUUCAAUCUAUGCUGCACAGACAGCAGGAGAUGGUUACUCUGGCAACUUCUCAGACCUUGAGGAUAAUUCCUAUGGAGGAAGAAAGAAAACAAGGUUCAUGGAAGGUAACAAGAAAAAGAGAAAGAGAUUUGGGGCUGCGGCACAAGGAAGUAGAGGGCCCUUGGAUGGUAGCCAUGAUGAGCCGAUGGCUCUCCCAAAUCCUAUGGUUGGAUUUAACUUGCCAGAUGUGAGGUCAAGAUCAAAAAGAGACCUACCUGCACAGGCUUUUGGCCCACCAUACUUCUACUAUGAGAAUGUGGCGCUUGCUCCAAAAGGUGUCUGGACAACGAUAUCGAGGUUCUUGUAUGACAUCGAGCCAGAAUUUGUGGACUCCAAGUUCUUCUGUGCUGCUGCCAGGAAAAGAGGUUACAUACAUAACCUCCCAAUUGAGAACAGGUCACCUCUUCUUCCCUUACCCCCAAAGACAAUAUCUGAGGCCUUCCCCCGUACUAAGAAGUGGUGGCCCUCAUGGGACCUAAGAAGGCAGUUUAAUUGCCUCCAGACCUGUGUGGCUAGCGCGAAGUUGACAGAAAGGAUUCGUUUGGCUCUUACAAAUAGUGAAGAUCCACCACCUCUAAGAGUUCAGAAGUAUGUGCUAGAAGAGUGCAGGAAGUGGAACCUUGCGUGGGUCGGUCUGAACAAGGUUGCUCCUCUAGAGCCUGACGAGAUGGAGUUCCUACUCGGUUUCCCUAAGGACCACACGAGAGGAAUCAGCAGGACAGAACGAUACAGAUCUCUAGGCAACUCAUUCCAAGUGGAUACUGUUGCUUACCAUCUCUCGGUGCUUAGGGACAUGUUUCCACAUGGAAUGAAUGUGCUCUCCUUGUUCUCUGGUAUUGGAGGAGCAGAGGUAGCUCUCCACAGGCUUGGUAUACCCAUGAAGACCGUUGUUUCGGUCGAGAAAUCUGAAGUGAACAGGACUAUCUUGAAGAGUUGGUGGGAUCAAACGCAAACAGGCACGCUGAUUGAGAUUACUGAUGUACAAACUCUAACUUCUGAGAGGAUUGAGUCGUAUAUCCGAAGAAUUGGCGGAUUUGACCUUGUGAUUGGGGGUAGCCCGUGCAACAACCUUGCUGGGAGCAACCGCCACCACCGAGAUGGCUUGGAGGGCGAACAUUCUGCUCUAUUCUAUCAUUAUUUUAGGAUUUUGGACUCAGUGAAGUCCAUUAUGGAGAGGAUGUAGUCUUUAGUGUAAUCUUUAUUAUCUUGGUUCCAGAACUUUAGCAUUUGCUUUGUUAGCAAACUUGUUAAUUAUUUGAAGUUUGGCUGGUGUUAUUCUCAUGCCACUCUAAUUUAGGCCAUUUUUUAACCUUCUUUGAUGAUCAAUGCAAAUCGUAAUAUUAGCACAAUUUGUGGCAGUGGCAAUUCUGAUGUUUUGUUUUCA